UUUAAGGGCGCCUGUCUCUUUAAGAGCGGAGCCUCUUGCUCUGCGGGAAUCGGUGUAGUUGAGGCUGGAACAGGAGCGAAAGGCGGGCUGCUGUCUGGCGCGAAACACCAACGGAGCAGCGAAAAGAGAAAGGAGAGGAAAAAGCCGCCAUCAUCAUCACCAGGUUUCCGGAGAUAAACUGAGGACAGGGAGGCGGAGCGCUUUAGGUUUGGCUUCCUCUCAGCAGCAGGAGCCUGGAGUGUGUUAGAGUGUGUUAGAGAGGCCUGAGAGAGAGACAGAGAGAGAGACACGGAGAGAGAGGGAGGAGUGUGUAAACGCGCUCCAUCCAUCCUUCAGCACCCUCGCGCCAGCUGGGCAAAACCGCGCGCACCUUCAUUAUUCAUCGCGCAUGGAAAGAAAAAUGUCCGUUCGGCGGAUCGGUUUACGCGCUGCCCCGCGCGGCUGAGCGCGCACGAAGACUCCGCUCCUGCAGGCUUUUGUGUGCGCGCGUCUCGGAUACAGGACCCGCUUGCUCGUCCACCGGCUACCGCAAGGCAGACGAUGAGAUGUCCGGGACCACAUCCCAGACGGAGCCCAUCGAUGCCACAGCCCGAACCGUCCUCCUCAACCGGACUCAGAACACCAAAUUCUGCGACAAUCAUGUCAGCACAACAAAGUACGGCAUCCUCACCUUCCUGCCUCGCUUCCUGUACGAGCAGAUUCGGCGAGCCGCCAACGCUUUCUUCCUCUUUAUCGCCCUAAUGCAGCAAAUCCCGGACGUCUCUCCGACGGGUCGCUACACCACCCUGGUGCCACUCAUCUUCAUCCUGACUGUGGCUGGAAUCAAGGAGAUAAUUGAGGACUAUAAAAGGCACAAAGCAGACAACACAGUGAAUAAGAAGAAGACGACAGUCUUGCGUAAUGGAGCAUGGCAGACUAUAAUCUGGAAACAGGUGGCAGUGGGAGACAUAGUGAAGGUGACCAAUGGGCAGCAUCUUCCCGCUGACAUGGUCAUAGUGUCCUCCAGUGAGCCUCAGGCCAUGUGCUACACCGAAACAUCCAACCUGGAUGGAGAAACCAACCUCAAGAUCCGACAAGGUCUCUCUCUAACGGCCGCUGUUCAGUCUGUGGAGGAGCUGAUGGCUCUUUCUGGCCGGCUGGAGUGCGAAGGGCCAAACAGACACCUGUACGACUUCACUGGCACAUUACGCCUGGACAACCACAAUCCAGUUCCUCUUGGUCCAGACCAGGUUUUACUCCGCGGUGCCCAGAUUCGAAACACGCAGUGGGUUGUGGGUAUCGUAGUCUACACUGGUCAUGACUCCAAACUCAUGCAGAACUCCACUAAAGCCCCUCUGAAGCGCUCGAAUGUGGAGCGGGUGACUAACAUGCAGAUCCUGGUGCUGUUCGGGAUCCUUCUGGUGAUGGCUCUGGUGAGCUCCAUCGGGGCAGCUAUCUGGAACAACCAGCACACUGACGAAGCCUGCUGGUACCUCUCCCGCGCAGGUGACAUCUCCCUUAAUUUCUGGUACAAUCUGCUGACCUUCAUCAUUCUGUACAACAACCUGAUCCCCAUCAGCCUGCUGGUCACACUGGAGGUUGUCAAAUUCACACAGGCGCUGUUCAUCAACUGGGAUGUGGAGAUGUAUUAUUCUGAGACUGACACGCCUGCCAUGGCUCGGACAUCCAAUCUGAAUGAAGAACUCGGCCAGGUGAAAUAUCUAUUUUCCGAUAAGACGGGCACUCUGACCUGCAAUGUCAUGCACUUUAAAAAAUGCACCAUAGCUGGAAUUACAUAUGGGCACUUCCCUGAUCUAGACUGCGAUCGAUCCAUGGAGGAUUUCAGUAACCUCCCUUCUAGCAGCCACAACUCUACAGAGUUUGAUGAUCCCGCUCUCAUUCAAAACAUUGAAAAAAAUCAUCCCACCUCUCCUCAGAUCUGUGAGUUUUUGACCAUGAUGGCUGUGUGUCACACUGUCGUUCCUGAGCGAGAUGGAAAUCAGAUCAUUUAUCAGGCCUCCUCACCAGAUGAGGGAGCAUUAGUGAAAGGAGCCAAAACCCUGGGCUUCGUGUUCACAGCAAGAACGCCGCAUUCAGUUAUUAUUGAAGCGCGUGAGAAGGAGAUGACCUAUGAGCUGCUUAACGUUCUAGAAUUUUCCAGCAACCGAAAGCGCAUGUCAGUGGUGGUCCGAACACCAACAGGGAAACUGCGACUGUACUGCAAAGGAGCAGAUAAUGUGAUUUUCGAGCGGCUGAAUGAAGCAUCCCAGUAUAAAGACCUGACUAUAGCCCAUCUGGAACAGUUUGCCACUGAAGGUUUGCGGACUCUGUGUUUUGCGUAUGUGGAUCUGGAGGAGAGUGUGUAUCAGGAGUGGCUGAAGAAGUAUAACACUGUCAGUACAGUCCUAAAGGACCGCGCUCAGAAGCUGGAGGAGUGCUAUGAGCUGCUAGAGAAGGACCUGCUGUUGCUCGGGGCGACAGCUAUAGAGGACCGCUUGCAGUCGGGCGUCCCAGAGACCAUCUCCACUCUCAUGAGGGCGGACAUCAAGAUAUGGGUUCUGACCGGAGAUAAGCAGGAGACCGCCAUCAACAUCGGUUACUCCUGUAGGCUGGUGACACAUGGCAUGUCCCUCAUCAUCGUCAACGAAGACUCUCUGGAUGCCACUCGAGCCACUCUGAUAGCCCACUGCUCGUCUCUGGGGGAUUCUCUGGGGAAGGAGAACGAGCUGGCCCUCAUCAUUGACGGUCAGACACUUAAAUAUGCUCUGAGCUUCGAAGUCCGGCAGGCCUUUCUGGACCUCGCGCUGUCCUGCAAGGCGGUCAUCUGUUGCAGGGUGUCUCCUCUGCAGAAGUCAGAGAUAGUAGACAUGGUGAAGAAACAUGUAAAGGCCAUCACUCUGGCCAUCGGAGACGGAGCGAAUGAUGUGGGAAUGAUCCAGACUGCUCAUGUAGGAGUGGGCAUCAGUGGCAAUGAGGGCAUGCAGGCCACAAACUCAUCUGAUUACUCUAUAGCACAGUUCUCGUACCUGGAGAAGCUGUUGUUGGUUCAUGGAGCCUGGAGCUAUAACCGCGUUACUAAAUGCAUCCUGUACUGUUUCUAUAAGAAUGUGGUGCUUUACAUUAUAGAGCUGUGGUUUGCCUUUGUGAAUGGCUUCUCUGGGCAGAUCCUGUUUGAGCGCUGGUGCAUUGGCCUCUACAAUGUGAUUUUCACCGCACUCCCUCCCUUCACGUUGGGUAUUUUCGAUCGACCGUGCAGCCAACAGAACAUGCUGCGGUUCCCGCAGCUUUACCGCAUCACACAGAACGCAGAUGGAUUCAACACCAAGGUGUUUUGGGGUCACUGUAUAAAUGCUCUUAUCCAUUCCAUCAUCCUCUUCUGGUUUCCACUAAAAGUGCUGGAGCAUGACACCCCGUUCGGGAAUGGCAACAGCGUGGACUACCUGUUUGUGGGAAACAUUGUCUACACGUAUGUGGUGGUCACAGUAUGUCUGAAAGCUGGUAUGGAGACCACAGCAUGGACAAGGUUCUCUCACCUGGCUGUAUGGGGCAGUAUGGUGCUCUGGAUGCUCUUCUUCGCCGUUUAUUCUGUUAUCUGGCCGCACAUUCCCAUAGCCCCAGACAUGCUGGGCCAGGCUGGCAGAGUGAUGCAGUGCUGGAGCUUCUGGCUGGGUCUCAUUCUGGUGCCUGCGGCGUGUCUGCUCAAAGACGUGGCAUGGAACGCAGGGAGGCGCACAGUGAGGAAGACUCUGCUGGAGGAGGUGCAGGAGCUGGAGGCUCGGGCUGUGGACCCUGGAGCGGCCGUCCUCAGAGAUGCCAGCGGCCGCAGUCUGAACGAGCGUGCCCACCUGUUGACUCGGGUGUUCAGGAAGACGCCCUCCAGUGUGGGGCGCUCCAACUCUGUGCAGCAGACCGUGUCACAUGGCUAUGCAUUCUCCCAAGAAGAACACGGAGUGGUGUCCCAGUCCCAGGUCGUGCGCUCCUAUGACACCACCCGCCAGCGGCCCAGCCUGUAGCUAGCCGAUGCCUCACGACGGAGUUGCCAUGGCGACAGCCUACACAGACUUUUAAAGGGACAGGCCCGUUCUGGGCGAUCCUGCUGUGGCCUUACUGGACCUCUGAAGUGAACUGGACUGAACUAGGCUUGGCCUGCGCUGCCCCGGGCCUUGCUUUACAUUAACCAAGACUGAACUGCUGGGGAAAGUGGGUGGGGUUUAUGGGUGGGCGUGGGGGGGCUUUCUCACAAUGGAACGGCCAGUCAAUACACACCAAUAAUGCGGCGGAUGGGCAUGAGGAGCCAGUCAGCAUCCAGACAUGAUGCAUGGAAAACCAGAGACAGUGGCGUUUCUCUCUGUAACUUUUCUGUAACACGCUGCAGCACACAGCCCUGUGGAUGUUGUCAUGCAUGUGCGUAAACAUACGUCUGUAUGCGCGUUCGGUGUGAGUGUGUGCGUGUGCUCCUGAUUCUGCUGUGUGUUUGAGUUGGCUGGCUGGUGUGUGGCACAGCUCCACCGUCCUCUGCACUGUAAAAAAUGAUUUGAUGUUUAAAUGAAACAUGUAAUUAACAUGGUUGCCUUAAAAUUUAGAGCUCCAUUAGUAAGUUAACAGAACAUUCUGUAUUUAUUCAAACUUAUUCAUUGAGGUUCAGUGAAUUAAAAAUGUUAAGGCAAUCAGGUUACUCUUUUGUGUUGAAAUUGUAAAUUAUUUUUUACAGUGUGUAUGUGUGUGUGUGUGUGUAUGUGUGCGCUGUGGGGGUGACAGUAGAUGUGUGUGAAAGUGGAUGCGAUGUGUGUAUGUUUGCCUUGAAUUGACUUGUUUCAUAUUUAUAUAUAAUUUCCUUAUGAAUAUAUCACAUAUACUCUCUGGACACAUCAUUAGGUACUCCUACCAUGUAAUAAAACUUUAAUCAGGCCUGAAAGUUCGACCUGAGCCCGAGUACAGCCCGAGAAUUUUCUGUCUGAAUUAGACUCGAACUCCAUCAGCUUUUUCAUCGUUAUUUUUCCCCCCAAAUCCAAUUAUUGAAGAUAAGAUUGCAAAAGCGAAAAAGUAAAACAGUAAAAGUACACAAAUAAUAAAUGAAUAAAUGAAAUAAAAUAAAUAAUUUCUUAUGCAAAGAAAUAGUCAGUCCAAUAUGCUAUUUAUACAAAUUACAGCACUCCUGCUUUUAUAUAUUAGACAAGAAUCAAAAACAAGCCUGUUAAAGAAGUUGUAUGGAGGACAAAUGUUCCAUAUAAAACCAAAAAAGGUUCCCAGAUAUUGAAUUCUCCAUAUGGAGCAUCAUCAUGAAGUUUGUGAAUCUGAAACUGACCCAAGCACAACAGAAUUCUGUCUGAAACUCCCCCAAACCAACCCAUCAUAAUUCAAAGUGCCGAAUAAAACCUGAUAGCUGUCAUUAUAUCACGGAUAAAUAAAAACUAUAUAGGAAUAUGCUAUAAUAAAAUAAUCAGCUGUCCAAGAUUAGUUAACCCCCUCUUUAAGAUAUGCAUUCAUUAAGCACUGUUUUUGAACCACAUACCAUUUUUUUAGUCUGGAUAAACUUUCAAUAAUGUGCUUUUCUCAUGCUGUGCACUGCUGAUACAGCAAGAUAGAGAAAUUAGCCUUCACCUGUUUAAUCCUCUAUUUCUUUACAUAUAACAUGUUACAUAUAAUAUACUGAACAUACAACCUAAAUGUCCUUUUGGCUGCACCUACCUGUGCUGAAGCUGGCAGGUGGACUAAAAACCAAUAUGUGAAGUCUGCAACCACUCAGAGCCCAACACAUAUUUGGAAACCGAGCAGUCAGCUUUGGGUUGUGAUGGGCUAGUUUGGGCGAGUUUCAGGCUUGGCAGAUAUUGGAAGCUGUACUAUGUAUUUACCCUACUUUUUUUGCAUACUUUACCCCAUUUAUCAAAGGUCCAGCCCCCCGCAGAGCAGGUACUAUUUGGGUAGUGGAUCACUCUCGCGCACUGCAGUGACAUUGAUGUGGUCGUGUAUGUGCUGGAUCAGAUACAGCAGUGUUGUUUA